UCCACGCCGCAUGACAGCGCUCUUCUCCAAUUGCACUUGGGAUUCUUUUUCCAGCUCAAUAUAUCUGGCACGCGACACCAUUCAACGCCUUGAUUGCGCCUCGCGAAAGAGCUCCAAAGCACCAUGGCGCGCACCAACGUCAAUACCGACAGCAACACGUUGGCAGCUCUGGGAAAGAAAGAAGUGCUCAAACGACGAUUCGGUUUCUGGUCAUUGUUCGGUUUCGCCGUGUGUGAAUUGAUCACUUGGGAGACAGUAUUGGCUCUCUUCAGCCAGGGCUUCGACAAUGGCGGUCCAGCUGGCCUGGUCUAUGGCUUUAUUAUAGCGUGGUCGUCCACCCUAUCCGUGUACACUGUCAUAUCGGAGCUCGCAUCUAUGGCGCCCAUCGCAGCUGGCCAGUAUUACUGGGUUUACAUGCUCGCACCAGACCGAUACAAGGUGUUCUGCAGCUAUAUCAUCGGUUGGCUCACCUCGCUUGCCUGGAUAGCUACCGUGGCCAUAGAAACCAUAUUUGCUGGUACCAUCCUCCAGGGUUUGAUCAUUCUCGAUCACCCUGAUGAUUACGACCCAAAGGAAUGGCACGGCACGCUGCUCGCAUGGUUGGUCAUCGUUGUAGCCAUAUUCAUCAACGUUGUAGUUCCGGGUGUCCUGCCGAAGGUCGAAAUAUUCGUCAUCGUCUUCCAUAUUGCCGGAUUCAUCGCCAUCACGGCCGUCAUCUGGGCAUGCACUCCUACUCAGAACACGUCUCACUUUGUUUUUACAACAGCUCUGAACGAAGGGGGCUGGUCAACGCAGGGACUCUCGUACUGCAUUGGAUUCAUGGGCAAUGUGGCCACUUUUGUGGGCGCAGAUGCCUCGGUGCACAUGGCUGAGGAAGUCUCCAAUGCGGCCGUGAAUAUUCCACGAGCUAUCAUCUGCAGCAUGUUCAUCAACGGUGCGGUAGGGUUCACGAUGAUGCUGACUAUAUUGUACAAUCUGGGUGAUGUGGAUACGGUCCUGGAGAGUGCGACGGGCUACCCCUUCAUCCAGAUUUUCUAUGACAGUGUCAACAACGUAGCAGGUGCUACAGUUAUGGGGGCAGUCGUAUUGGCACUGACGUGGGCCUGUGCUACCGGCAUCAUCACUACAGCCAGCCGCAUGACAUGGUCAUUCGCACGCGACCAUGGCACUCCCUUCAGCAGAUCCCUCAGCUACGUGUCCAAGGGUCGCAGAAUUCCUACUGUUGCAGUGUUGACUGUCACCGGCCUUGCUUCCCUGCUUACUCUCAUCUACAUCGGCUCAUAUGUAGCCUUCAACGACAUCGUCUCUUUAACCAUUACCGGCUUCUACAGCUCAUACUUUCUUCCGGCGGCAUUCUUGCUUUGGCACCGAAUCAAGGGCGACAUCCUGCCGAACAAGCAAGACACGCCAGGUUUGGCCAUCGAUGCAGAUGCCGGGGUAGAUGCCAACAAUUUUGCCAACAACGGCGAUGGCAUCUCCCAUCUUCCAGGGAAGGAGGUCUCCGUGGGCGACGACGUCAAGAAGUCUGCGUACAACGACCCGAACCCUCCGUCCUAUGCUGGUCACGGCGCCCCGCACGGCCGCCAGAUCUCGGUGGCUGAAGCACCCUUGGUAUGGGGCCCAUUCCACCUGCCAGGCUGGUUUGGCAUAAUCAACAACGCAUACGCCUGUGUCUACAUGAUCUUCGUAGUCUUUUGGAGUGUCUGGCCACCAGCGACUCCCGUCACUUACCAGACCAUGAACUACUCGAUUGUGGUGACGGCUGGAGUCGUCCUUUUCAGCAUUGUAUGGUAUUUCAUUCGAGGUCGCAAAGAAUACAACGGACCUGUGAUUGAUGAUGAGGUCGCAGCCGUGGUACUCAGGAGGGCAAGCGUGGUUGGCGCGUGAGCUGCUGAGAGAGGAUAGAAGGCUUUGCCAAAAGUGAGCGUGUGGAUAGCGCAGGAAAUUCAGUUGAUUGCCCAGUUGUCCGAGAAGGGCAUCUCAGCAGGCCAGCACUGCAAUGGCAUUUCUACCGAGCCAUUUUAAUUGGCAUGCUAGAUGAUAUGCGCCCAACUAGACUCGCUGACAUGUACUUUAGCAUCAACAAAAUCAAAAUAUUGAGCCUUACAGACUUUGAAGUUAUUUUCAUUUUUUAUGUGCUAUUUAAGCUGUU